CCGUCUCUAGAAAGUGAGUAGUCUGUGGAAACAGACAACCUCACGGAGGUUGGCUGAAUUUUCGCAAAGUGAAUUUUACUUGAAUAUUAGGUAUUAUUUUCUUCGCUUUAGCUUUGGGUGAUGAAAAAUUUGUAUUGUAGUUGAAUCGUAUAUUUUAAAGUGGCUUCGUUUCCAGUACAUUAUUUGGUGUUACUUGCUAUUCUUUAGAAAAAUAUACAGCGCCUCAUAAAAAUAAGAUAUCAUGGCGGUACCUACUACCGGUGUAGUUGUGCCUCGAAACUUUCGUUUAUUAGAGGAAUUAGAACAAGGUCAAAAAGGUGUAGGUGAUGGUACAAUCAGUUGGGGCUUGGAAAAUGAUGAUGACAUGACUCUUACGCAUUGGACUGGAAUGAUAAUUGGACCACCUAGAACACCAUAUGAAAAUAGGAUGUAUAGUUUAAAAAUUGAUUGUGGUCAAAGAUAUCCAGAUGAUGCUCCCAAUGUAAGAUUUUUAAGCAGGAUCAACAUGAAUUGUAUCAACAGUACUACCGGUGCAGUUGAUAAUCGCAGUGUACCAGUACUUGCAAAGUGGCAACGAGAAUAUACAAUUAAGACAGUUCUUCAAGAACUUCGCCGUUUAAUGACAUUGAAAGAAAAUAUGAAAUUGUCCCAGCCUCCAGAGGGUAGCACUUUUUAGCCUAACCAUAUGUAAACAUAACACCUCUUCCUUUCUGCGGUAGCAUGGGGCGAGAUUCAAUGAAGGUACCAAAUAAUAUUAAAUGGGUACCGAGUAAAGACAUAUAUUAAGAAGUAACACCUGUAUAAAAAGAAAACGGAGGAGAUAAUGACUAUAAAAGUUGAUUCAGUGUUUUCAAUUUACUAAAGUAUUUACUUACAAAACUUAUAACUCAUUUGUUAUUACUUAUUUCUUAAAUUUAAAACAUUUCAUACAUAUAUAAAUAUGUAUACAUGUUAUGUAUAUGUGAAAUAUAUAUACAUAUAUUUAUAUAUAUACAUAUAUAUAUAUAUAUGUAAAUUUACUGUUUUAAUUUUAAUAUUUUAUUUUAAAACCAUGCCCACACAUUUAAUUUAAGAAAAUGCUGUUUCAGCUUUUUAAGUAAAUACAAUCUGAAACAAAAGUCAUAUUUUGAUUCUUAAGCUGGAAACACAGACUGUAAUAAAAAAUAAUAAUCAUUAAGAAUAACUUAUGCCUUCAAAGUUUUUUAAAUGAAACAAAAUUGCCUGAAUGACAUUUUAGUUUGAGCAUAAGUGCCAUUUCAUGAUGGAGGUGUCUCAGUAAUUACUAUUGUAGACAAUUCUAAAUUUUAAUAAUUUAUACUUCUGUGUGCUCAUUUUUACCAAGCCUUACUUUACUUUUUCUCUGUUGUUAUUAAGAUUUUCGCAAAUAGCAGGUUGUUGAGAUCAACAUUUAAUAUGUAAUAACGUGCCUUUUUGUGCAAGCAGCAUAAAAGUGAGCAUAUAUUGAGCGUGUUUGGUUGAGACAUCAUCCAAGAACGGCCUCUUAUUCUAUAUUAAAAAGAAAAAGAUAUUUCUUAAAUAAAUUAUGUUACAAUUGAAAGUAAUGAUUUGAUGUGUAAUAACAUGUGGUUAAUGGUAUAGUGUUUUGCAUCAUUGGAUACAUCAAUGUAUGAAGCAUUAGAUUAAAAAUGCUUAUCAUACUUUUCAUUCCACUACUUAUAUAUUAGAGAUAUAUUUUAAGUCCUUUUUUGGUCAUUAUAGUGCGGAUAUAGUACCCAUAUAUUGUUUACUCUUUGAUCAAAGCUUCAUAAUUGAUGUAUUAAUAAAAUCAUACUUAAUUUUUAAUAAAUAUCCAAAGUACCAUAAGUAGAUUUUCAACCAUUAGGGAAUCAAGUUUGAAUGCUAGUGUAAUUCUAUCAUGAAUUGCUACGAACUAUACCGUUCCCAUAAAGUUGUAUACAGAACGGAAAAGGGUUUUCCAUAAUUAUGUUACAUUUUAAAAAAAGAGAGAGCGAGCGAGCGAACGAGAGAGAGAGAAAGAGAGAGAUAGAAAUAUAAUCAUAAAUUAUUUCAAACAUAAUAUAAUUUUUUUGAAAUUUUAUUAUCCAAAUUGUAAAGAUGUCGAUCCUUACUUUUAAAGUAAAUCCAAACCAAAGUACGAGAUUUUAA